UCGAGAGAAGUGGUCUAUAUUGUAGAAACGACAUAGAAUUUGACUUACCGCUUAAAUUACGAAACGAUAUGAAAAGAGGGACGAAGUGUAUUGUACAGACUAUUAAUCUGUCCAAUCCAAAAACAUGCGUAAAGCCAAAGAUUCGGAGACUCGUUAGCGUGGAUGCGGAUUCCUUUUUUGGUACUAAUCACGCGAGCGACUACUGGACUCCUAGACCAGUUAAAGUUUGCACAUUGAAAGACAUGCAGAAGAUAUGUCCGCCAAAGGUGAGAAAAACCACGCAAUUCUGCGAUUGUCCCGAGACUCCUCCGCCGCUUUCGACUGGCGAAAAACUUCUCAGAGUUACAGCGUUUUUCAUAAAAGCCGCUAUCGUCGCUGGUCUCAUCUGCUGGACUUACACGGAGGGUCUUUGGGGUGACAGCACCGAGACGGAAGAUCUUUAUUACAGGAUGAUAAGCACGAUUUUUCCCGAUCUGCCCGAUCGGUCGGCACAACUUGAGGAAAUACGAGAAAUAGUCGAGGCGUACAAUCGCAUGCUGGUGAAAGAGAUGGAUAUUAUCGUCAGCGUGCCGCGCGAGAUACAUCGAAGACUGCAAGGUAUCCUAUUUCCGUGCGAUUCAACGAAGGAAAAAACGUCCUGACGAGAAAUUACAGCGGAAAUGUAAUUUCAAUUUGUGCGUGUCAAAAAAUUCGAAAUGUCGCGUUGCUGCUAAAUGUACACGUGAUAUAUAUUCCUGUCGAAAAAAAAAAAA